GACCCGGUUUUAAAUAUAUUUUAAUAAAAGGAAUAUUGUUUUCAUUUUGUUGAAAAUUAUAGAGUUUCAUUGUUGACCGAAGCGAAGCGAAGGUCUACGUUUUGACUCGGGCAUUUUGCUUUCGUAUGUCCGGAUGUUCUCCUCUACAGGUCGCAAUUCUUAACCGAUUCUCGUGAAAUUUUGUGACCGAAUUUUAUGACUAAAUACAUUUUUUUUGUCAAUCCGGUUUUUAGAAAUUUUUAAAAAUGGCGGAGUCGUGAUACCUGGCGCCUAAACAAAUAGUCGUAUCGAUAUCAUAAGACUUUUUUCUUUUUGAAACAUGUUUACAGAGUUAAUAGCAAAAAAUGCAGAAAAAAAUUAUCGCUGGUUUAGUCGGUAUUUAGAUAUUUAAUUUUAACUAAUUUUAAUUUGAGAAGGAGUAGCUAAAUUUCGUCAACCCAUCUAAGAACUAUUUGGCUCAGUUUGUAAACGUUCGCUUUUUCUGUUUGUACAGAGGGUCUGGGUUCGAUCCCCAGUAAUUGUAUGCUGGGAUAUUAUAACUUUUUGUAUUUUUUUACACAUAAAUUUCGUAUUGUUUUUCUUUAAUUUACUAUACACCGUGUUUUUAUUGAAUUCCGUUAACUUCGGGGUAUAGUUAAGUACGUUUAUAAGAACUAAAUGGCAUAGUUAAUUUUCAAAAAAAAAUUUUUUUUUUUGUUUUCUUUUUUGUUUUUUUUUUUGUUUAAAAAGUAAUUAAAUGUAGCAUAUAGCGUUGUUGUAACACGGGCAUUACAUUUAACUCAACCAAACAAUUGAAAUCUGUGACAUAUCAAUGUCAUUUCGUACCUCAAUCGACCGAGAUUGUACUUAAGUUUAGUAGCAAAUGUAUGAACUCAUUCUAAACACUAAUCAAUAUGUAAGCCGGCCCUAAGGCAAGUGUACACGCUUGUAGAGGCCUUAUAGUAAAAAAAUAAAUUAUGGAUUAUCUCCGAAAUGGACUUAAUUAGAACAUCGGUGUCUUUGAGAAAGUUACUUGAUUUAAGCUCAGGAAUGCACCCUUGAAAUUAACGGAAAUAAAAAAAAACACGGUGUAUUUAAAGCUCUUAGCACCAUGUUAUUUCAAGCUCUGCUCGCGAGGUCUACAGCUCACAGAGCCACUAGUAAUAAUUGUAAUUUAAAAGGGACCUUGACCCGCGCUGUGAGUCAUUCUUGGCUGUCCAUCGAAAUUGAACGCAGCAAGUGUGAUAGGUACCUUUUCACUGGCGGUUUAUUUAGUAGUUUCAUAUUGUGUUGAAUUUUAGAUUUAUUAAGGGAUCUUAGAUAUAAUUUAGUUUUAUUUAUAUAUAUACAUUUAGUUAAAUGUUUUUAACGCUUAUCUAUGUAUUUAAAUUUCAGACCGAAAAAUGGAGCUACAAAAAAAAACUGUGUUCAGUCAUAUUUGACGAAAUGUCUUUAGAGGCUGGCUUGUCUUAUGACAAAAACAAAGAUAAAAUUAAUGGGUUAGUAGAGCUUGGCGAGAGAAAAAAUGAUUUCGCUGAUCAUGCCCUCGUGUUUAUGUUGAGAGGAGCUGUCCACAAGUGGCAGCAGCCAAUAGCCUUUUAUUUUUGCCAAGGCGCUACUAAAGGCACAGAAUUAAAAAGUAUACUCGUGGAUAUUAUCACAGCGGUUGUAGGAUGCGGGUUAAAGCCGAUAUCCCUUAUUUGCGACCAAGGGUCAGCUUUCCAAGCGGCUCUAAAUUGCCUGAAGGCUGACACAGCGCGUGACCAAUUACUGACAAAUCAGGAACCAGAUGGCACAGUAACAAUAAACGAAGUCAAACUGAUGGUUAUAUUCGACCCUCCUCAUCUUAUUAAAGGAUUGAGAAAUAAUUUUUUGAAUAAAGACAUUUCCUUUGAAGGAAAAUUAUCCACAUGGAGAGACAUCGUGGAUGUAUACGAAACGGACUGCAAUAAUAUGGAAACAAGAAUGCUGCAUAAGUUAAAUGACCAGCAUGUGAUACCUGAAAAAAUUAAAAAGAUGAAGGUCAAGAACUGUGUAAAAGUAUUUAGUUACACACUGUCUUCGGCUCUAUCUUACACAGCCAACUUCUCUCACUAUGCGGACGGCAGACCUGUGAGUGAAACAUUAAGAAACACUGCUGAAACAGUUUUGUUCUUUGAUAAAUUGUUUGAUAGCAUCAACGGAUCAGCAACCUAUUCACAAAAGAAAGGAAAAGAGCUACGCUGUGCAGUGACAGAAAAAUCUAAGCACCAUGAAUUUUGGCCGGAGAGCAUCGAGAAACUGGAAAAAAUUAAAUAUGUAGAUUCCAAGGGAAAUCCGAAAUCCGUGCCUUCCUUAAAAAACUUUAUUGCCACGGUAAAAACAUUCAUGAAGCUGUGGCAGUUUUUUAAGAGCAAAAAUAUGACAAUAAUGCGCCCAAGGUUCUUCAAUUCAGAUCCAAUUGAAAACUUCUUUGGCCAAGUCAGGGCCUAUAAUUAUAGGAACAACGACCCCAACUGCCACAGUUUCAAGAACACCUUUAAAUCAUUAUUGAUUACUAGAAUGAUAAAGUUUCAUGGUGACGCUUAUAAUUGUGAGGAUGACUCGGCAGACCAAAUAAUUAAUUUAAAAUCAUUAUUUGAAGAUAGUGAAACUGCUAGGGUCGAGCCGGGUCAUCCCAAAGUAGGAGAUGUAGAAGAUACUGUAGAAGAGGCCCAACGGGAGCAACUAAAUGUUCUCCAUUCGCGAGCGUACACUGCUGGAUGGGUGGUAACAAAAACAAUGCAGAAAUAUAAUAAUCAAUGUGACAGUUGCAGAAAAAGCCUUACUACUAAAGAAGGCGCAAUCCACAAAUGGAUUCAUCAAAGAGAGUAUGAUGCCGCCACGAAACGCCUUACUUACCCAUCCAGAGGUGCUGUUCGGUGUUUCGGUACAAUUAUUAAAGAAACAAACGGAUUCUUGGAACACCGAGCCCAUGAAUUAAAUCUGACGGCCAAAAUUAUGGAAAAAAUUUUGUUCAACAAUCCAUUUAGUUUCUUUAAAUGUACCACACACCGUGAAAUUUUGUCAUAUUUUAUUUCCGUGACAGUAAAGUUCUCGAUUACAAAUUGGUGCAAUAACAUUAAUAAAAUAUUAAAAGGAACGGAUAUUGUGCGGAUAAAAAACCGCACUUUGCCUGCGAUGCAGCAGAAAGCUUUUUUAAAAUAUAAGAAAAGACUGAGGAAUAAAUCGUUUAAUAAAUAAAAUUGUGUUUUAUUUAAAUUAUUGCGACAAGUGUAGUUCCCGGCAUUUAAAUUGAACACUGACUCAAU